AAAUUUUGACCGUUUGUGCAGCUUUCAUGUCCUCCUCGUAUCUCCACGUCCUAGAUCUUUGUAACUGUAAUCUGCAGGAGAAAAACAAAACUGUUUUGUGCUGUUUGUCAUAUUAUAUGAUUUUUCCUCUCUUUUUUUUCACUCGUUUCUCAUGCUCCAACAAUUUUGCCUCCUUGUCCUGACCCUUCAUUUUUUUAAAUUUUGUUUUUGGUUCCUUUAAAUACUAAUUUCAGAUACCAAACACAGAUUUUAAACAUUUCUGGAAAAGUUGUUGCUUGAACACUGCAGAAAACUUGGACAUUCAUGUAGUUUAGAAUGGGCAUUGCUUUCCUAUCAGAUUUGAACAAUUUAAUUCAAAUGGGAUGCUUGGUUUAAGGUCUUACUUUUGAAAUUUCUAAACUUUAGAGGUUUGCUUGGUCUGGGUUUUUAAAUUUAGUGGGUUUUCUUAGAACUUGGACUUUUUAGGUAGUUGAAGUAAUUACAGAUACACUUUUCGACAGAUUUUGAGAUUCACUUUUUGUUUUUGCUGGAUGGGUUUUUGAAAUUGGAUUUUGUUUUAGUAGAAAAUUUUGAACAUUGGGGAAAAAAAUCUUCCUAAAAGUUAAGGUUUAAAGUAAAUUUUAUUGUAUUGUUUUUAGUAUUAUAUGACUUCCUUCCGGGGAUUUCUUUAUGAAAUUUAGGUGCUGGACGGUUUCUUUUCUUUUUUUGGAUCAAUGCCGUUUAUCUAUUCAGUUGCCAAAUGUUCCACCUUUGGAGUUCCUGUACUUGGAUUUUAGGUUUCAAUAGCAUUUUCUUCGAUGUUAGCAUCUGGGGGUGGGGGGUUUCAGUUGUUUAGAUCUGAGAGACAAGAAAGUUAAAUUGGUAGUUGGGUUUUGCUUUAAGCCACGAGAUCACGAAACUAUCACCAGAUAGGCGUUGGGUGAAGUUCAGAUUUUCAGCUCUCAGUGUGACUCUGUUUCUUUUUUAACUAGCCUCAGUGUUCUUUCUGUUCGGAGAGUUUCAAUUUGAUCUUAGAAGUCCUUAGGAGUUGCUCAAAUUAUAGUUGGAGAGGGAGAUUGAGCAUUUUUUUGCUUGUUUUUCAAAAUGGGGCAGCAUUCUGCAGCGGUAUGGGAUUAUAGGGCAGCAACUGAAAUAACAAAGGACUGGAAUGGGAUCGAUCAGGUUGUUCUUCGGAACCCACAAGGGGCUUUGGCACGGGUUAGCUUGCAUGGAGGACAGGUAACUUCUUGGAGAAAUGAGCAUGGGGAAGAACUCCUAUUCACUAGUAGUAAGGCCAUUUUCAAGCCUCCAAAAGCAAUGCGUGGAGGAAUACCCAUUUGUUUCCCUCAGUUUGGAAACUGUGGGUCACUAGAACAACAUGGAUUUGCAAGGAACAAGAUUUGGGCAAUUGAUGAUAAUCCUCAACCUCUCCUCCCAAAUGAUUCCAAUGUGAAAUCCUUCAUUGACCUACUACUUAAACCAUCGGAAGAAGACCUAAAGUGCUGGCCCAAUAGCUUUGAGUUACGUCUUAGGGUGUCUCUUGCAACAGACGGAGAUCUGACACUGACAUCACGAGUUAGGAACGUCAAUGGCAAGCCGUUUAGUUUCUCAUUUGCCUAUCACACAUACUUGUCGGUUUCUGACAUAAGUGAAGUAAGAAUAGAAGGGCUGGAGACACUUGACUACCUAGACAAUCUUUGCCGAAGAGAACGUUUUACAGAACAAGGAGAUGCUAUAACUUUUGAAUCCGAGCUGGAUCGAGUUUAUCUUAGUUCUCCUAAUGUAAUCGCAGUCCUUGACCAUGAAAAAAAGCGGACGUACGUAAUAAGAAAGGACGGACUUCCGGAUGCCGUGGUUUGGAAUCCUUGGGAGAAGAAAUCAAAAUCAAUGGCAGACAUUGGUGAUGAGGAAUACAAACAGAUGGUUUGUGUUGAUGGGGCAGCAAUCGAGAAACCCGUCACUUUGAAGCCAGGCGAGGAGUGGACAGGGCGGUUGCAACUCUCGGUUGUGCCUUCCAGUUUCUGCAGUGAGCACCUCAAUCUUUAGGAAAUUUGAAGAAGACAAACAAUGAGCUUUGUCUUCUUUAGUUCUUUUUCACUACCUCCCCGUAGGAACACCAUAGUUAAUGUUAUAUAUAUAAUGGCUCAAGUUGUAAAAAGAGUCAAACGUUAAGAUGUACUACAAGGAUCAUCAGAACAGCCUAUGUUUUAAUUCUAUGGCUGCCCAAGGAAGGUGGAAAAGAAUUGUUUUUUUAAUUCACUUCUCAUUUAUUUUUCUUUC